UUACUUGUUUUUGGCAUGUAAUCUUGUUUAACAUGUUCACCAAAAAUGUAAAACUGACUUAGAUAACUUUAACAAGUAUUAGAAGUAAUAAUGCCGUGCAACUAGCCCCCGCUUGCUAUAUAAAUAUCAACCGAGGGUCGAUCGAAUUAAGUUUAAUUUUGGCUAAAUGAUUUCACGAAGCUCAAUGCGGUUUUUUUUUCGCUGCGCUCCUGAUCCACGGUUGCGUUGCAGGACGCAACUGGGAAUACGAGCCCCUAUCCCUGACAUCCUAUACCUCUGAUGAAAAGCUUAUGAAGAUUACGACAAAGGUUGAUCGACUGGGACGCAGUGAAUUUGCGUUUUCCAUGACGCUAGACUGGAACUAUGAUGCGGAUAAGGACACUAUGGUGGAAGCUGACGUUUUUCACUGCUCGUCAGGAGAUGAGGAAGACUAUAAAAUGAUGCCCUGGUCUAUUCCCCAACAACCCUUUUUCGAGUAUCUAAAUGGCUUUUACAAGGACGCUUUUAUCAAGAAUGUGGGCCAUUGCUCAAAUAUGGUCCAAUUUGAAGGCGAUUUUGUACCCCCAUGGCCCAGAAAUGUUUAUAAGCUCGAUAAGUGUGUAGCCAACGGCGAAGGAUUACCGGAAAUCGCACCCGAGGGUUAUUUCAAAUUAGUUUAUAAGACCACAGGGCAGGUCGACUGGGGUUUCACCCUGAUCGUAAAAGUCACGCACAAGUUGAUUUAAUGUUGUAAUUUUUCAAGAACCCCUUUUUUCUCUUUUA